AUCCAUACCAAAAAAUCAUAAAAGAUGCUGUGACUUUAUAAUACUGAUUUGUGAUCGAAAUUAUUUUUCUCCUCUAUAUUGUUUGCGCACCGAAUUGACUUAAGCAGUUGCGAGUUGGAAGUUUCGGUUUCGUGGUGUUUGAGGUCUAUUUUCGAAUGGCAGGUUGCCCUGCACAAGUGCUGCAGAUUGAGCCGAAGUGUGAACUGGUAUUUGAAGCUUUUGGGAUCAAAAGGUCACUUUAGUUUGGGCGACCGGGUGGUGUCAUCAGUGCUCCUCAGAAGUGUGGUCGAAAGCUGAAUACGUAAACCUGUUCCUGGCCAAUGAGUUGUGUUGAAAUUUAUAUUCAUGUUUUUGGCGUCUGAAUCUCACAACUCUCCAGUGUCCCAGCCAGUCUGGCUACAAGGUCCUUUCGUCGAUGUAGUAACUUCUUAUAUCAAAUUGACAAAUCCUUUGGACCGAGCCGUUGGGUUUAAGAUCAAGACAACAGUGCCGAAAUGUUAUUGUGUAAAACCAAGCAACGGAUAUAUAGAACCUCAUCAAACUGUAGAAGUUGCAGUAAUGCUCCAGCCGUUCAGUUACAAUGCCGCAGAAAAAUUUAAUCAUAAGUUCAUGAUUCAGUCUAUCAUUGCUCCUGAUGAUCCUCGUCCUGCCAUGGAGCAGUUGUGGAAGGAUGCACCUCUUAGCAAGCUCAUGGAUUCACGGCUCUUUUGUCUUUUGCGUUUGCCUGAUGAGCUUCAUGUUGAACCUAGCCGGGAUUUAGUCUUCGAAGGUCCUUUUGUGAGACCUGUUACAUCUAUUGUGAAACUGACCAACCCUUCUUCACAGUUCGUUUGCUUCAAGAUUAGCGCAUCGUCCCCAGAUCACUUUUUUGCCACCCCCAGUACAGGUGUUAUGUAUCCCCAUGAAAAUUUGGAGGUCUCAGUUGUGUUUCAUCCCGAUGAUUUCGACUUUACAGCAAAAAAUCGUGAGAGAAUGUUAAUUCAAUCUGCCGUUUCUGCGGAAGAAGCAGAUCCCAAAAAAGAUCAAACGGCUUUGAUUAAAGAAGGAAAGGUGACGGAUUAUUACCUAAAAUGUGUGUUCAAAAACACAGGCAUUGUGGAAAGGAUAGAAGCUAGCAAACAACAAACUGCGUCUUCUAAACCUGUACAUGAUACUGGUGCGACCCAGACGGAUAUCGAAAAGUUAAUGGCUGAAAUAUCUGCUCUUCGCCAAGAAAAUGCUGCACUGAAGGAAUCGGAUCUCCAUUUACGACGUACAGCAGCUAUCUCAGAUACAUGUCGAAUGCCUACCGAAUCUGGUGCUGGAUCAAUGCCUACCAGUGGAAGCCGUCAUCAUAAUCAAGCCAGAGCUGAUACUUUUAGUAACAUCCCACCGAUUUUAUAUUUAAUCACAGCUUUAAUCAUUGGUCUCUUUGUGGGUCGCUUUGUUCUGUAAAUGAUCUGCAAACUUACAACUAUAGUUAUGCUGAAUCGUUGAUAAUAGUAAUAAUUCUUAUCAUUAUCAUUGCGUGAAAUUUCUUCAAAAUCCGUUCAUAUGCUUUCUCAGACAUCUGUUUUUUCUCAGUUUGUAUGUGUGUUUGUGUUUAUCUUUGCUAUUAUACAUUUCUGUAUUGACAAAAGAUUAAUACUAUUUGUUCUAGUUAGUUGUUCAAUAUUUUAUUUAACAUUCUUCAUGCUAAAAACUAUUCCAACAAACUUUCAUAAAAGUUUUCAAAUGAAUUAUAAUACUCAUCGAGACAUGUGUAAACUUAAAAAAGGUGGAUACUUGUUUUGAUUUGCUUUGAGAUUAUUACACUUUUUGUUGUUUUUUUUUCUUCUUCUGUGGUUAAAUAGAAAACCGAAUAAUAUAUUAUGUAUUAAAAGUGAAAAACAAAAAGGGUAAUUAAUCAUGUUAUUAAAGGGUAUGUUUAUAUCACUAAAUUUGUUAUAUUUAUUGUGAUGUGUUGUGUAUUUGUAUGUAUCUUGCUUCACUGUUCCAAUUAAUUAGUUAUUAAAUCUGAGGUGUAAUAUCCUGCAAAUGCCCGAUCUCUUCAAGUGAACCACUUUUUGUGUAAAUUUUAUUUCUUAUUGUUCAUAUGGAUCAGGUGACUUGGGGGUGGGCGGCACGACUGCAUUUUAUUCCUUGAGUUUCAGACCCACAUCAUGGACCAUCAUACGUAGGUCAUUUGGUUCGAAUUUGUUAUAUCCUAGUGAGGAUUAAAUUACGAGUAACUUCUGAGACCUAAUAAUGGACUAAUAUUAUCUAUAUAUUUUUAUUCUAUAACUAUUCAGUAAUUAGAUUAUGUAUAUCUAUAUUCCUCUUAUUAUAAGCUUCGUUUUGACCUAUAGAUUAUUAUUGUACGAUUUACUGUCCCUAUGUUAUACUCAGUUUAUUAAUUACUGUCUCCCACGUUCACAGCUACUUUUUGGCUUAUUUGUGUAUGAAUGUUACUUCCUAUUUUAUGGUGCGAUGAGAUCUGUUCAGCUGGUAAAUAAACCAAGUAUGUUUGCAAUAGAUGAUUCGCAUAGUAGGAGCUGUUAAUGGUGUUCUGGAGUCAACUGGACGGGCUUAGCGAACAAAACAUCAAUAAGGACGCUAGGCUGCUUAUACCGGUUGAACUUCAUUUUGAUUGAUAAGUAUGAUUAACGGUUUAUUUAUUUACGUCUAUAUUUACUAACUGAUAUAAUCUUGUCACUUCCUGAUUGAUCCUUUAAGCUUCAUUAUGGGUUCGAACUAUUCAUACUUGUAAGGA